AACCCUGCAACACCAUAUUGGAAUUAACUUGACUUACCUUUGAUGGUGAUGAAGAUGCCAAAAUAAACGUGGUUAUUCGAAAUAGCAGUGGGUGCUGUAAGCUGUCAUAUGCUCUCGCUUUUUUGAAAAAUAGUAAUAUUUAUCUCUUCAAAUUGUGGUCGCACCCAUUGUCACGCGCUGUGGAUAGCGUCAGUAUUCUAUAUAUCCAGAGUCAAUUUUCAGCUAGAACCAGAGUUUUGUGCCAAAGGAAAAAAGGUGUCGUUAUUACGUAUGCGUGUAUAUGGGUGUAUCACUCGUCUGUGAAUGUGUAACAUUCCUCAUAUCAUCAUGGGCUCUUGUUGUGUUAUUAACUUUGUUUUUUGAUCGUGUUUUACUAGCUGUUAGCUAGGCAGCGAUUUCCGCUAAUUCGCGCAAUUGGUGUACUAUCUGAAUGCUGCAACAGUGGUUAACAAGCCAGAACACUGGUCGUGUAUAAAAUGUGUCUUAAUGUCAAGCUUGUACACUUCUAGCUGAUGAGGGGCUAACUGCGGGUAAUUUUCUAACGGAGUAAAAAUUGAGCUGCGAAAAGAGCAUCAAAAAAUAGGAAGAUGCCACCCUCGUCAGCGGCGGCAGCAGCAGCGACGGGUAGUAGCGCUGGGAGCGGUGGGGGCAGUAACGCGGUGCAGUCGGAAUCCGGAGAUGGCAUGUUCCCUCCAUCAUAUUCAGAAGCAACGGGCCAACACGCGUCGCUUGGGGGUGGACUGACGUUUGUUGAUUUUUUGCCAAAGUGCCUGAGCUCCGGAGGCGUAUUCUCGCAACCGGCCUUCGAGCCGUUCAGGUACCUGGUAUACCGCGCAAACGAAUGGCUCCGAGAGCACUCCGAAUGGGAGGUAAAAACCUGUGAAUCCGUUGAGUUCAAGACCAAUUCUGAAGUGAUCAACACUGAGCGAAUGACGUAUUUUGAGUUUGGCGAGCAAAGUACCCGUUACGUAAGAUCGCUUAGAAUGUGGCUAGUCCCACGAACGGAUACAUCGCGGCCUCCUCAACAAAUCGACUAUGCCGACCUGAUUCCGCAGCAAACGGGCCAUGCUGGACUCUUUGGGAUGCCAACAUUCGAGAGUCUUCAUCAGGUAUUGGAGCGAUAUAACUACUCUAGCCGAGGAAAACCUCCACAGGGUCGUGUAAUUACGGUGGAAACACAAGAAAUGAAAAUCCCGACAUACUCAUCAUUCGACCCUGAUCGGACAUAUUGGUGUGAACACGGUGGUCGUACCAAACAUUACGUAUUUCUUGUACGGGUCUUCUUUGAACUCCAGCCUGGUGGUUAUGGUAUCCCAGAAGAAAUCGGUGUAGCAGAUUUUGUACCGCAAAGUCUCUCAUCAGGUGGACUUUUCUCUACUCCACAGUUUGAAGCGUUUUCGUCUGUCGUGGAACGCGCAUCAACUUGGUGUUCACAACAAAUCGCGUUGCGGUUUUGCAAUGCUCAGUCGAUCGAGAUUAAGCUGAAAUCUGGACGAGCAGUUGUUGACACGCAGAGAAUGUGUUAUACAGAACAUGCGGAACGAAGUACCUUCUAUGUUCGAAUUCUUCGUAUUGCGUAUGCGAAAAGCCCGCGGUCAACGGCCUCAUUAGAGGGAUUGCCCCCACCGUGCGGGCCCCUUAGCCCUCCGUUGCAACUUCGCUGCAAGACAUUCGUACCGGCCCAGUUAACGAGGGGAUUCCUUGUGCCCGAAUUCGAGAGCCUUUCCGCUACAAAACGUCGAGUCGAGGCCUGGAUAUCGGCAACAUGCGCUCGAGUGCUCAGCUCGGAAACCGUUGCAAUGCGCUUGUACACUGGCGGCGAAGCACAGCCAGGUGUGGAAUCGUCCUUUUCGUACAAUGCUUCACGAAACGAGUAUUGGAUAUAUGUGAUACGAGUGUACCUUGACGGAGUGUAUAGCGAGCCACCAUCCGAUAUGUUGCCUGACCUGCCCAAUGUUCAAGAGGUUGGUUGCUGCUCCGUCCAGUAAGACAGAAACAUCGAAUAAAGCAGAAUGGCAAAGUGUUCUUUACGCUGACACCCAAUCAAAUCAGGCAGACUAUCAGAAUAUACGUAUGCAAUUACAAUAAAUCCACUAAAAGCAACAGCAACGCCAUUGACUUCAACUGGCUCAGCAGCGCGAUAUGCAAGGAAAGCUAAAACUGUUUUGAACGAUGAGGCCACCUUUGCCACCGAAGGUUAUGAAGAGGCAAAAUUACGUACAUGGUGGUGGUACGACUACAUACAUUAUUUGUGAUCGUUUGAGCGCGCGUAUGUAAGAAUGUAUUUGGCCAUGCAGGAAUUCGUAGCCACCUCCAACAAAAAAAACUAACUCGUGGAUUUAAAAGAACCUGAAUCAGCGUAUAACAAGAGAGGAUGCAAGCUUGAAUUAAACUAAUAGAAACUUAUAUUGCGUUUCGACUAAUAGUGGCCGUUGGACUGUGUAUGUUUAUCACGGAGAACAUGAUAACAAUAAACAAUGGGAGCGGCGCUAGAAUGUUCGGUUAUAUUUUUGUCUACGAAAAAACAAUUAAGGAUUGAUAUUCUCACGCCCAUCAAUAAUACAAAGCGUUGCUCUGUCGUGAUGUGUUUUUUGGAGGGUGGUCAACGUCUGAUAUUUAUUUAUCGAACAUGGUUUUCACUUCAUAGGUCAUAUACUUGCACCUCAAGGGACCACAUCACAUGUUUGUGCACGGCCUGAGUAACCUGCUGUUGCACGGCAUAUUUGCCACUCACAAAACUCGCAGAUCCAAGCAGUUUGUUUCGUAAUGAAGCUCGCGCUACUUGAAGUAAAUAUGAAAUGUAGAUAUUAUAUAUACAAAAUGUUAUUUGCAUAAGGCCGUAUAAUGACCGUUGUGAGUCAAAUCGCUGUAAAACAAACCACUUAGGAUAUUUUCUCUUGAUAAUCACCUGAUUAGAUAAAGGGCAAUACUCUGGUUUAGAGCUAUGGUAAUAAUUCAGUAAAUAACAGUCAUCUGCUAUUAAUUGGUACCCUUGAGAUAUAUAUUACAGUUAGAAGCAGAAAUAGUUCAUUAUGAUACGGUUUAAUUCUUGUCUGUAUUGUACGAAGAAACGAGUUGACCCCAUGUUGCUCACGACUGCCUAUUAUAGCAUGCCACUGACUUAAAAAACAAUUUGAAAGUAGUUCCUCAUUGCGUUACUGUCAUUGGUGUUGCGACGACGAGUGAAGAACGAUCAUGCAAAUAUAUAUAUAUAUAUAUAUAUAUAUAUAU